GUCCAUGAUCACAGAACGAGUUAACUGAAAAGUAUUUACAGAUCGGUAAGUACGACGGCGACGGUGAGAGCACCGGCACGAUGAACUACGUUCGGCAGACUCCGACGAGUCGGAGAGUGGCAUGGCCGCUGCAAAUGGGUGGACUUUUGAUACUUCUUUUACCAAGUCUGUUUCCCAGUCUCUUCUCUCCUCUUAGCCGCUCUUAUCCUUCUGUUUUCUCUGAAUGGAAUGCUCCAAGGCCUAUGCACUCACAUUUACUAAACAGGGCUUUGCAACAACAGACAUCCAAAGUUCAAGAAGCAGAACUCUGGUCUCCCUUGCCUAACCAGGGAUGGGAAGCCUGCGCUGAUAAACAGGACACUCAAUCAUUGGGUAGGAAGUCCCAGGGGUACAUACAGGUGUUUUUGGAUGGAGGACUGAACCAACAGAGAAUGGGGAUCUGUGAUGCAGUAGCUGUUGCCAAAAUUUUAAAUGCAACACUUGUAAUUCCGUAUCUUGAAGUAAAUCCAGUUUGGCAGGACUCGAGUUCCUUUGCAGAUAUAUUUGAUGUUGAUCACUUUAUCAGUGCCUUGAGUAAUGAUAUUUCAAUAGUUAAAGAGCUUCCCAGUGACUACUCCUGGAGUACCAGAGAAUACUAUGCAACAGGCAUACGCGCUACUAGAAUUAAGACAGCGCCUGUACAUGCUUCUGCUUCAUGGUACCUGGAGAAUGUUCUGCCUGUAAUGCAGAGCUAUGGGAUCGCAGCUAUAGCUCCAUUCUCUCACCGUUUGGCUUUUGAUAGCCAACCUUCAGACAUCCAGCAUCUGCGCUGUAAGGUCAACUUUCACGCUCUAGUUUUUGUUCCCCAUGUCAGAACGUUAGGCGAUGCACUCGUCAGUCGUCUGCGUAGCCCUCCUAGUUUGGAUAACACAUCAGCUACACACUUCCACAAAGGGGAAAAUGACAGAGCAGGAGCUGGAAAGUAUGUUGUAUUGCAUCUUCGCUUUGAUAAAGAUAUGGCUGCUCACUCAGCUUGUGAUUUUGGUGGGGGCAAAGCUGAGAAACUUGCUCUUGCAAAAUAUCGGCAAGUACUUUGGCAAGGGAGAGUGCUUAAUUCCCAGUUCACAGAUGAAGAGUUAAGAGGCCAAGGGCGUUGUCCAUUAACUCCGGAAGAGAUAGGACUCCUUUUGUCAGCCUUGGGAUUUAACAACAGUACACACCUAUAUCUUGCUUCCCACAAGGUUUACGGUGGAGAAGCAAGGAUAUCAGCUCUUCGCCAGUUAUUUCCAUUUAUGGAGGACAAGAAAAGCCUUGCUUCUUCUCAUGAACUAUCUGAAGUAGAAGGAAAAGCUUCUUUACUAGCAGCUGUGGAUUAUUAUGUGAGCAUGCAGAGUGAUAUAUUCAUCUCUGCCUCUCCCGGCAACAUGCACAAUGCACUGUUGGGGCAUCGAGCAUACAAGAAUCUUAAGACUAUUAGACCAAACAUGACAUUGCUAGGCAAGCUCUUCCUCAACAAGACUAUGGAGUGGUCCGAAUUUCAGCAGGCAGUACAGCAGGGUCACAAGAAUAGACAAGGACAAAUGCGGAUACGCAAGGAGAAGCAGUCAAUAUAUACUUACCCUGCUCCUGAUUGCAUGUGUAAAGCUUAAUUUGACACCACGUUGGAGGUUGUAAUUUGAUCAGACGUGAUAUUUACAUGUAUAUUUUUGUAUUCUAGGAUCUUUAGUUGACCAUGUUCAGAAUACAGCACCAAAAUGAUCAAAUUCCAUAUUUUGAAAUGAUCAUAGUUGGUAAUUAAAUGUGUCUAGUCACCUAGAAUAUUGACAGCAUGGUGAAUAUAAUGCACUAUCAUCUUUUCUUUUAGGGAAAAGGCAAUAAUAUGCCAUCGAACUUUGAGAAAUGGUUCAUUUAUGCCAUUUGUUAUAGCUCAUUUAUAUCAUUUCUGUUUGAGAAAAGGCUCAUCUAUGCCAUUAUUUGUUAAUUGAAAAUAAUUCCGACUUU